ACGGAAGCAGUCCAUCCCUGGGAGCCUUUCCAUUGCAGCAAGCAGGCGGGGGUGGGGCUUGAAGGGAGUACGAGUGGACGACACCAUCCCUCAUUGAGCAGGGGUCCUAGCGUUUGCCUCAGUCGCGUCGCGCUGACCGCCGAACGGCUGCAUCACGUGACUGCAGACUUUGGCCGGCCGGGAAGUGGGGCGGUUGGGCUAGCUGAGGCUUAAACUGCGACGACGCUUCCUCGUGUGGCAAAUCCUCCUUGGUUCCCUCGCCAUGACCUGCUGCAACCACUUUCGCUGGGGGGGCCUGGGCUGGGCGCUGCUCCUGGUGGUUUUCGCCUCUUGCCUCACCUCGCCGUUUGGAGUGGCUGUAGAGGAGAAAGCUGACUGUGAAAAACAUACAAACUGCAGUUCCUGUAUUAGUAGUAUUGAACAGUCUCAAGUAAACUGCACGUGGCUUCAGUGCAAUGCAACUGAGUACUACUGCACAAAUGCAACAGAAUAUGGCAACUACUGUAUGCCUACCUUUGAAGGUGGAACAUGUUCAGUUUUCCCUAUCAAUGGUGCCACAGCCCGUACACCUACCACAGCCAACUCUUCUACCCCAGAUCCUACAACCAACAUAACUUCACCUACGGUCAAACCAACUGCUGCUAAACCUACAACACCCGCACAUGCUACUACCAACACAACUUCAGCAACAGGCUCAGCUUCUCCCAAACCAACUUCCAAACCAUCUCCACGCAAGUCCACCUUCGAUGCUGCCAGUUUCAUUGGUGGUAUUGUCCUUGUGCUGGGACUACAAGCAGUAAUCUUCUUUCUGUAUAAAUUUUGCAAGUCCAAAGAACAAAACUAUCAUACCCUCUAGGAUAUGUUGCUUUUAAGUGGACUUUGUAGAUCAACAUUUGUGGUUAGCUGCACCAAAAGAUCUUUAUUCCUUAUAGAAGACAUCAAUUCAAAAUACUCUUAGUCUUCAAAACUUUUUAAAAAAGAUAUUUGUGCAACAUGCUUGGAAGAAGAUUGUAUGAAUCAUGUUUUGCUCUGCAAGAAUACUUGCAGUAUUCUGCAUGAAUCCUUAUUGGCUGUCUGAAAUUUCUUUAGUGGCUGCUGCUGUGGAACUUUUUCUUCUACCUGACAGGCCAAAUGUAGACUUUACUAUUAGCUGUAUUCAGUGGCAGCAGUGUUUUUGGUAGAUAACCUUAUGAUUGCAAUGAUUAAAUUAGCCUUAAAUGCAGUGUCACCUUGCAUUAUUAAAAUGUGAAUUCCCAGUGACCUGGCAUAAAACUAUUUGUGUGAAGACUAUGGCUUUUUGUAGGUUUCUGCUAGGAGAUUGGGGCAGAAUUUGUUUUUUUUUCCUUAGGGAUUAUGGAAACCCAUAUUUUUCUAUACUAGGUGUCAGAAGGAUAAUUGUUUUCUAAUGUAAGUGUAUGCAGCCAUAGGAAGAAUGAUGAUCAAAGGAUACUAGUUCCUUGGUGUGUAAGGAAGAAACACCAGUGCCUUAAUGAGUAGGCUGCAAACUGAAAUGUUUGCGCCAUCUUAUUUGUUUGAGGUAUAGUGAAUGUCAUUCCAUUUCAGCAUUUUUUUUUAGGAGGCACAUGAACUUGGGUAUUAUUCAUAUACCUGUCUUUAAUUAAUUUUAGUGAAGACAGAUGUGGAAAGAAAACAUUGUAGGAGAUCUUCAUAUACUGCUCCUGAAGCCAUGUGUCUCUAGCCUUCACAUUACUUGUGUGGAAAGUUCUAACAUGCUUCACAAUUGAGAGCACUAGUUUCAGUAGACGCAUUCUGUGCUCACCAUUGAUGAGCUACUGUAAUUCUGUAUGGAUUAUAAGCCUUAUAAAGUAAUACAAUUUCCUUUCUCAGUUUCAUAAAAUAUGGAUAGUAUGACAGUCAUGAUGAAAGUCGGCAGGCUGAGCACUUGGAGCUACAGUACUUUAGCUUUUGAUAAUUGUCAAAAAUAGAGUGCUAGUGUUUGUUUUACAAGUUAUAGGGCAAGCAUAGUUUAAAUGCUAGAAAUGCAAUUUAUUUUAAGUGCUGCUCCUGUGCUUCCUUAAGCUGAUGAUGGUAAGCCUGGAUUUGUGGCUUAUUGUAAAAUGUAAGUUUAUUUUAAUUUCUCAACUUCCCUAGCCCCUGUAGCUUUAAUAGUAUUCACUUCAAUAAUGUUGCAUAGAAAGUUUGUCCAUAAUAAUACUUACCAAAUAGUACUGUAACUUUCUGGCAACUGCCCUUCUAAAAGACAAUCAGCUCAGGUGUAUGAAAUUGUCCAGCCAAUUUUCAGCAGGCAACACAUCUGAGGGGGGCAGUAUUUAAUGGUCUUAAGCUAUAUAGUCUAAUUCCCCUUUUUUGGUAGCUUCAUAAAUUUAGACUAAAUAUCUAAAUAUACCCUAGAAGUGCAUUAAUUUAUGCUUAUGUUUUAAAGAGUGACAGUGUUUUUUUAAAAAAGUACACUCUUAAGCUGUAAUAAGUGUAUGCUUGGUAGUAAAAUCUAUUUAGCAUUGCUUCCUUACUGGCUGUUGAAUGCCUGCUGUCUUGUAAACUUGUGGCAAAACAGUAAAUAACAGUGCUAUUUACAAUUCCAAAACUGAAAUUUGAGCCAGUUUUGUUACUGAGCCAAGAAUGUGCUGUUUAAAGACCACUAAACAGUCAUGUAUUCUGUGCUGAUCUUAACAUUAUGAGUCUCUUUCAAGUGCCUUAAAUUUUAUUAACGCCAGCCUCAUGUCUGUUGAAGAAAUGUGGGGAGGGGAAUUUUAGUCACUAGUCUUGCCCCAUAAUGCCAGCAAUUGCUAUUUUCCCCAAGAAAUUCAGGAAAUUCAGGUCUCACUGCUACUCUUCAGGAAGUCUGUUUCUUCUUGGUUGGCAUACAGAUGCAUGCUAAAUCUUAGGACAUUUCUAAUGUCUUCAUGCAGUGACAUAAUUGAUUUUCUACACCAAGCUUUAACAAUAACAUACCAAACUUUGGCUAAGGGGAUUUUAAUUGCUUAUUUUUACCUUCUAUAACUAGAUCGGUGAAAGUUAUUUUUGUUUUCAGUUUUUGUAGUGCUAUUAAUCUGGCUACUUGCAAAUUAGCUAAAGUAAUAGAUUUUCAUAGCUUCUGACUGCUGUUUGGAGUAUAUAGCAUAAGGUUUUUUUAAAACCCUGUCUGAAGUAGCUGAUCAUGUGAUCUAGUUUUAAGGCAGUGAAUUGUGACUUUCAAGCGCUUGAUCUGGAUUUUUCCUAAAAAAUUAACGUCUGCAAAUAUGUUGCAUCUGGAAUGGAAUGUUAUAGACAUUACUGUAUUUGCAUAUGUGUUGUCUUCAUUGGAAAAAAAUGCAAACUACUUAAUCACAAAACCAAAAUAAAUCAUUUAUUAAAAUG